AUGUCCAGGUCGACGGACCUGCUCCCUCCCUGCGUACUACGGCCUCUCGUCGAAAGUCCAUAUGCUGUGCGCCAACACAACGCAAUCAACCCUCUCAAGCUUGUUCGGUUUGUCAAGCAGAUGUUGCGAAUGUGGGCCAACAAAGACUAGCUGCUCAUGGUCUUACUCAAAUCGGGCCUCUUCUUUUUUCGCUAUUGCACCUUGGAUUGGCCAUCUCUUGAGAUCCUUGAGGAUUGCACACUUGGUUUCAAGACAGCUGCCAGUUUUGGUGACCUCAUGCUGUCAGCAAAGCAGGUUGAGCCGACUCCUUUCGAGACCUCUGUGCGUCUCACUCGGGUACUCAUCCCUUCCGACCUGAACAUAUCGAUAAUACGGCCAAAAGCGC